UUUCAGAUCCAUGAUGUGGCUGUGGACAUCUUCUCUGAACUUUGUCCUAGCAAUCCUUCAACUGGGCUUCAACCUUCUUGUGUUGAUCGCGGUAGCCUCGGAUCGCCGUCUACACACAAACAUUCAUCUGUUAUCGACAAGCCUUUGGGUUUGCAACAGUAUCACCGCAAUUGUCACAAUAUUCUUCUCCCUGAAUCCAUCACAGUGUCUUGAAGUUCCGUGUUUUCAACAUCAACAGCUGCCAAAACAGCUAGUCGACAUGAAGUCUCGUUCGUUCGCUGAAUUGGAAAAAUUUCCGGCUUUGACGACUGCUAUUUUGUUGAACUCGACUAUUAGCUUGCUGACCUUGCUGACAAUUGGAUUUGUGCACGCGCUCGCGCGACACAACUAUCAUCUAUCGAGGUCUCAAUUAUCUCGAUUAAUCGGCUCAACAUGGCUUCUCGUAACGUUACUGCUUCUAUCCGACUUUUUCCUAAUCCGCCUCUCGAGAUCUUUUGUGUUAGCAGUGCCUUUUCAUCUUGCUCUUCUAUCCGUAUUCCUUGUGCUCAAUUUGAUUAUUCAUCCGCUCAAUCUCAUCCAGCUAAUCAUAUCACAACGUCUUAAUCCAGAGGAAAAUAGUCAAACAGUACGGUUAAAGAAGGACUGCGCAACAGCGUCACUAUGGUUGCUGUUGAAUAGUUUAUCAUUUAUUAUAAUUUUUAUGAUGGUUGCCUGGGAGUCCAAGGAAAAGGACCAGUAUAACUCAAUUAUGGGGAUUGAAGUUGCGGCAUUCUCUGUUCAUUGUGUCGCAAAUCCAUUGAUAGCUGUGAUCCGAGAUAGACAGUUAGAACGAAGUCUUUCCAGAAUAAUAAUGCGAAAUAAAAGACCACGAACAAAUCACGAAGAAGAUCUAAUUAUUGCACUGAUGCGUGAUCCCCCACCGCCAUACACCGAGUAACUGUCCUGAGAACAGUAAUUUAAUUUCAUCUUCCGGUUAGAAUUGUGAAAACUUGUAGUAAUAUUGCAGAAAAUUGUUUUCAUGCAAACUCCUUUCAUCCAUUAUCUUUUUCAAUCACUUCUGGUUAAUAACUUUUGAUCUCAAACACGUUUUUGCCAGAUAUCAUGUUUUUUUUCGAAAUUUUUCGCAUUACUCUUGAUCUCUCAAUAUUUAUUUUAAUGUAUGAAUGAAUAACCAGUUGCAGUGUUUUUUUGUAAUAAAUUGUAUUUUUCAUUUAAUUUCAUAGUAUUUGUCAUUAAAAAAAAUUGCUUACAAUGUUCAAAAAAAUAAAAAAAAUGAACAAUU